AUGUCCAGUCUCUCCGGUAUCCGAGUCCUUGAGCUCGCGGGCCUUGCUCCUGGUCCAUUUGCUGGGCUCAUGCUCGCUGACUACGGCGCCAGCGUGCUCCGUAUCGACAGGGUAAAUCCGCCAUCGACACCCAGUCCUGAUGUCCUAGUGCGCGGAAAGUCAUCUAUCAAGGUCGACUUGAAAUCUCUGGGUGGGCGUCGUUUCUUCCUCCGUCUCAUUCGUGAGGUGGAUGUUUUGAUCGACCCAUUUCGCCCUGGCGUGUUGGAAAAGCUGGGGUUGGGACCUGAGGAGGUCUUAAUGAAAGCCAACCCGCGGCUCAUUGUCGCCCGAUUGACCGGAUUCCGCAGAGACGGAAAGUACGCGACCAUGGCGGGUCACGACAUCAACUACCUUGCUGUCUCGGGGGUUCUGUCUAUGUUGGGACCUACAGGUACAUCUGGAGAGCACGCCCUGCGCAGACCCCUCCCACCGAGCCCACCGGGAAACAUCCUUUCCGACUUCGCUGGAGGAGGGCACAUGUGCGUCACUGGGAUCCUUCUGGCGUUGAUGUAUCGCCAUCGCACGGGAAAGGGUCAAGUCGUAGAAGCUAACAUGGUCGACGGGGUCUCAUAUCUCGCGACUGCUCCUCGGAAAUCUCAGAAAAUCCCGGGCCAAUGGGAUCGACCACGGGGAGAGAAUCUCAUCGACGGAGGCUGUCCUUACUACAAUGUUUAUGAGUGCAAGGAUCAGGGAAAUUACAUGUCCGUAGCGGCCUUGGAGCCUCAAUUUUUCACCGCCCUGUGCAAGGGAUUGCAUCUAGGGAACCACCACUGGGGAGGCGACAGGGAAGAUCGCAAGACUUGGCCGAGAAUGAAGACCGUGCUCGAAGAAACUUUCAGAAGCAAGACGCGCAAAGAAUGGGAGCGCAUUUUUGACGGGACCGAUGCGUGUUGUUUACCAGUUCUCACGCACGAUGAGCUAGAACGUGAUGGCUACGAGUUGCGGUCGGCGGUUCGCUUGUCUAGCAGUCCGGCAGCAGACCCAGGCAGUGAUGGAUGGCAAAUCAAGACGCUGGAACGAGGCGAGGGAGGUGUGACCCUUCUUCAUAGCUGGCUAGGGUGGAGAGAGGAUCAUGAGUAUAAGUUGGAGAAUGGAGGAGCAGUCGUUGGAAGUUCAGCAAAGUUGUAA